AGUUUCCUCGAUAUUUCAUUACUUAGAUUAUUUUAUUAUUAAUAAAGAUAAUAUUUUGCCCCAAAACCCUAGGACUCCUAUGUUUUCUGGAAUUUCCCUUUGGUUGAAUUCUUUUAGGUACCAAAUUCUUACAACAGAUUUAUUAUUCCCUUCAUACAUAUAUAAUAUAUGAUGUAUAAUACUAUAUUGUCUAUCUGAAGACUCGACUCAGGCAUCUCUCUCUCUCUGCGGCGACUCCUCCGCCAUGACUAGCCACGCGAAAGCUCAAAACACGGACCCCUUCCUCCUUAACUACGAUGACAACGAAGUCCGGAUCGCUGCCGAAUUCUUGUCCAAUUGGUUGCCGUUCUUAGCUCGCGGCCUCUGCAAAUCUUGCACGCAGACGAUCUCCGACAGCAUCCGAUCUCUCCACACAGAACGGGAUGCUGCUGUUUCUACACCAAGUAUUUUAGAUGUGAAUCACUGUAAGGAAGACUCUGGUAACUGUAGUGCCCGUUCCACUGGGAGUGCCAAAGACAGUGCAGAUAACUAUGACGAUGAUGAUACACAUUCAUUGGGUAGUUGGAAGGAUGAGGCCGAUCAAUUAUCAGAACAAGCUGUUGAAGCAUCAUCAACAAGCGAAGCAUUAAACUCUUCGGCACGAAUUGCAAGCCCUAGGUUGAAAAAGUCUUGGGCAGAUAUGGCUAUGGAGGAUGAGCUUGCGGCAGAAGAAGACAAUGAUGUGAGCAAUGGGCUUGUUGAUGCGAAUGAUUCUUUUCUGGAAGGAACAUCAGUGGCUGAAGCUAAACCGAAGGUGGCAUUGUCGAGGGAUCAGAGAGAAUACAUUCGGUUCUAUGGGGUCCAAAGGAAAAAGGACUUUAUAUGUUUGGAAAGGAUCAAUGGGAAACUUGUAAACAUACUCGAUGGGCUGGAGUUACAUAAAGCUAUCUUUAGUGCAGCAGAACAAAAAAGGAUUGUCAAUUACGUUGAACAGCUCGAAGAGAUGGGAAGGAAUGGCCAGUUGAAAGCGCGCACUUAUACCGCGCCUCAGAAGUGGAUGAGGGGGAAAGGGCGUAUAACUCUUCAAUUUGGUUGCUGUUACAACUAUGCCACAGAUAAGAAGGGCAAUCCGCCAGGCAUCCUCAAGGCUGAAAUUGUCGAUCCGUUGCCUCAAUUGUUCAAGGUCAUGAUCAAAAGGCUUGUCCGUUGGCAUGUUUUGCCACCUUCUUGCGUGCCUGAUAGCUGUAUCGUGAAUAUCUAUGAAGAAGGGGACUGUAUACCGCCUCAUAUUGAUAAUCAUGAGUUUGUUAGGCCAUUCUGUACAGUCUCGUUUCUUAGCGAGUGUGAUAUACUUUUUGGGUCGAACUUGAAAAUAGCAGGCCCUGGUGAAUUUGAAGGUUCUUUUGCGAUUCCCCUGCCACUUGGAUCUGUUCUUGUAUUAACUGGAAACGGAGCUGAUGUGGCUAAGCACUGCAUCCCAGCCGUCCCUUCCAAAAGGAUAUCGAUUACCUUUAGGAGAAUGGAUGAAACUAAAAGGCCAAUCGGAUACACUCCUGAACCAGAUUUGCAAGGGCUUCAACCAUUACCGGAUGAAGAGGAAAGAUCCAGCAAGUAUAGUGCUUCAAGACACAGACGUGUUUCGAAAAGGCCAGUAGAUGGAAGAGAGGCUAGGACAGAUAGGGGAAGAGGAUUGGCUUCAGAAUAUCCAAAUCCUCGCUAUUCAGGCCGAACAAGACAAGGUCCUCCAAAUAGGAGAAGGUUCCAGUCCAAUCUGGAAAAUUGAUGAGUGAGAGAUAUGUUACAGUGGUCUGAAAUAUAUUUCCCAACCUAACCUAUCUGCCGAGCGAAUCUCCGUCACCACUCAUCAGGUAUCAACUAUCAUAAAUAUAUAGCUAUAGCAAACUGCUGUCCGUACUUAAAAAACUUCAACUUAGUUAAGGAGUGGAAAGAUCGCAAGUGGGUGUUUGAGAAUUUACGGAAUUGUUGGUAUGUUCUGCUGUGGUUUGUGUGCUUCCUAUUUUGAGGAUAUGAUGAUUGUGUUCAUCUCCAAUGGUGUCAAUGUCGCAGGCUCAACUGAAUAGUUGAAUUCGAACUUACAAAGCUGGCUGGAAUGUUAGAAAACGGCUAUAACCAUUCAAGAGGAAAUUCAUUGAAGAUUAUUUUUCAUUUUUUUUUUCUUCGUUAAUUUGCUUGUAUUUGAGGAUGGAUCAACCUGUAUAUUUAAGUCGGUUUUUUUCUGUUUAAUUGAGUAUUUGGGAUUUUCUCCA